AUGGGUGUUGCUAUCUUCCUUUUGGGUGCACGUAAUGGAGAGAUGUGUUUUGUUCGUGUGUUGCAACAUCCAAAAGAAAAGCCGUCUCUUUUUAACUCGGAGCAACCAACAAAAACAACUUAUAAAUACUUGUCCCAUCGUUUUUUUUUCACCUUGUCGUCCAUUCUUCAUUCCAAGAAAUUGCAGCUUCACAAUAUAGAACCUGUAAGAAAUAAUAACUCAUCUUUACCUCAGCUUUGCUUGUUUGCUCCCUCAACCAUUUUGUGUAAAUGUACUCGUGAAGAAUGGGAGGCGGUAAGAAUAAAGGCCAAUUUGGUUAUCCAGGACAAUAUCCUCCACAACCUGGAGCUUACCCUCCACAAGGCUAUCCUCCUCAAGGGUAUCCACCCGCUCAAGGAUACCCACUUGCUCAAGGAUAUCCUCCAGCCAGUUAUCCUCCUGCACAAGGAUAUCCACCAGCUGGUGGCUAUCCUCCACAAGCGUAUCCCCCAGCUGGUGGAUAUCCUCCGCAAGGUUAUCCCCAGGCUGGUGGAUAUCCUCCACAAGGAUAUCCUCCAGCAGGUUAUCCUCCGCACCAAGCAGGGCAUGGAAACAUGGGAUUGGUAGCUGGAAGCAUGGCAGCCGCGGCGGCUGCCUAUGGCGUAGCACAUGGUGCUGCAAGUCAUGGACGCGGCGGUUAUUAUGGUCAUGGAAAAUACAAGCAGGGCAAGUAUAAGGGUGGCAAGAAGUUUGGCAAGAAAUUUGGAAAGAAAUUCAAGAAGUGGAAAUAAGUUAGCAUUUCAGUUUUUGUGUAUAUCAUCCUGAUUUUGCUAUUUACAGUAGAUAAGUUCUUGUACUAUUUUUCGAAUUAUGAGUAGUACAUUAUUGGCCUUGGAGUUGUCUGUUAUGGAUGAGAAUUUGAAAUUUGACUCAUUUUUCUUUGAGGUA